GCAUCGCGGGAAAACUGCCCAAGCUUUUCAGGGCAGUGCGGGUGGGAGACAUACAGAGCGCACCUCGAAAUGGCUCAGAUGCAGGAUGAGCAGGGAGGGGGCGCGCCCUUGAUGGCGGAAGGCAGGUCGGAGGCGGAGGUUAAGCUCAUUCUGUACCAUUGGACACAUUCCUUCAGCUCCCAAAAGGUGCGCUUGGUAAUUGCUGAAAAGGCAUUGAAGUGCGAGGAACAUGACGUAAGUCUGCCCCUGAGUGAGCACAAUGAGCCUUGGUUUAUGCGUUUGAACUCAACUGGAGAAGUGCCUGUCCUUAUCCACGGGGAAAGCAUUAUUUGUGAGGCCACUCAGAUCAUUGAUUAUCUUGAACAGACUUUCCUGGAUGAAAAAACACCCAAGUUAAUGCCUGAUAAAGAAAGCAUGUAUUACCCACGGGUACAACACUAUCGGGAACUGCUCGACUCCUUGCCAAUGGAUGCCUAUACACACGGCUGCAUUUUGCAUCCGGAGCUAACCGUGGACUCCAUGAUCCCAGCUUAUGCAACAACAAGGAUUCGAAGCCAAAUUGGUAACACAGAGUCCGAACUAAAGAAACUUGCUGAAGAAAACCCAGAUUUGCAGGAGGCCUACAUCGCAAAACAGAAGCGCCUGAAAUCAAAGCUGCUUGACCAUGACAAUGUCAAAUAUUUGAAGAAAAUCCUGGAUGAGUUGGAGAAAGUCUUGGAUCAGGUGGAAACUGAGCUGCAAAGAAGAAACGAAGAAACCCCAGAAGAAGGUCGCCAGCCCUGGCUCUGUGGAGAGUCCUUCACCCUGGCCGACGUCUCGCUUGCUGUCACCCUGCAUCGCCUGAAGUUCUUGGGGUUUGCGAGGAGAAACUGGGGAAAUGGAAAGCGACCCAACUUGGAAACCUAUUACGAGCGUGUCUUGAAGAGGAAAACAUUUAACAAGGUUUUAGGGCAUGUCAACAAUAUCUUAAUCUCCGCGGUGCUGCCCACAGCACUCCGGGUGGCCAGGAAGAGGGCCCCCAAAGUUCUUGGCACCACCCUUGUGGUUGGUUUGCUCGCAGGGGUGGGUUAUUUUGCUUUCAUGCUGUUCAGAAAGAGAUUUGGAAACCUGGUAUUAAUAAUUAGACCCAGACCAAGUUAUUUCUAGGCUUGCGGGGAUCCGGUGGUGGCAACUCACCCUACCAUUUAGCUCAGCCUUGUCCACCCUGCCAGGCCCAGGGAAGAAUGACCCUGGGCAACCAGCACAAACCAUAUCUUACUUUACUCUUUGGGUAGUUGAUGUCAGGGAGGUGGCAAUGAACAUGACGGGGCUGGUAAUGUUACGAUUACUGACUUGCAAACCUAAACUAAUCUCUCCUUAAAACAUGCGCAGGGUCCAGGUAUGUUAAUGCUGAUAGGUAGAGAAUAGUCCUUGACCUCAAAAUGCCAGUUUAGGUUCUGAUUUUAUUUUUUUUUGGGGGGAGGUUAUUAUUACAAGCAGACAGUAAUAAUAACCCGAGGUUGCCCAUAGCUCUUUAUCUGAGACUAUCUUGAUAUGCUGAGUGCUGAGUAGUUAGCAGUAUUUGCCCCUGGAAUUUCGACGUCAUAUUUGUUACACAGCAUGGGGUUCAGACAGCAGCAGGGUGCAGCAAUGCUCCAUGCUAGCACAGCUGGCUUCAGGCAGAAAUAAGGGAGGCAAAGGGAAAAGGGAGAGGGAGAAAGGGAGAAUGAAGUCUACGCUGUACAGAGCAGAGCAGUGGAGUUCAAUUUCCAGGAGCCUCCAGAGCCACCCAGGGCUGCCUGUCCCCUAAGGAAACAUUACUGUGACGACCUGUGCCCACUGCCCACACAUCCUCCCGUAGCUGAGAACCUUGGGAAAAUAAGGCCAAGGAUUUAUGAGGUGGAGUGGGCUGGAGAAAACCCAGGCUUUAUAUUUACAGCACCUCAUUUGAAUGCAUAUGAAUCACGCUUACAUCCAUCGAUUUAAUAAGAUGAACUGCUUAUGUACUUUGGUGUGAGAUGCCCACCCAAGCAUGUCUGCCUAGCAUUUACAUGAAGAUAUGAAGUGACAUAGAAAAGGUUCCUUUCUUUUCAUGGUUCCCCAAUUCGAUGGUGCCUAUGGACUGUUGUGUCCAGUCACCUGUGGCUGGGUAGUGGGUUUUGAUGAGCUGGGAGUACUAACCCUGCCCAUUCUGUAUUUGGGAGGCUGGUGUGUUCAUCCAAAAACUGUUGUCCAGGCCUUGCAUCUGUUUAUGAUCAUCAACAAAUCUUUAGAAGGUUCCAGAGGAAGAGAAAGGUCUAGUCUUAGCCCUUGGCCGUUAAUUUACAGGAAAUGAAGUAAAUGGCUAGGUAGGAAUGUCACCAAUAUUCAUUCAUAUACAUCUGGGCAUCUUGGGGGUGCCUCAGUCCACGUGGAAAGGACAAUCCCAGUGUGUCCCACGAACAGCCAUAGAGCUGCAUCCGACAGUCUGGCUCAGGAGAAAUCUUCCUUGGUGCCAGGCACACAGAUGUGCUCUAGAGCUGGGCAGAAAGGCCUUGGGAGCGGUGUCAGGUCUCUGGCAGAGAGAAUAAGGAGACAAGGGUCCAGGAGCAACAUAAGCUUGCUUGGACGCCCCCCCAUUGGCUGUGCAAGAUAGCCAAAGACUGGACUGACUAUAUCUUUCAUAGGAAUCAGUCAUUCCUAGGGAACAAUGAUUUUCUGAUGGUCAAAGGCUUCUAUAAUUCCAUUUCAUGAUCCAGUUGUUUCAGAAAAGCUUAAUGAACUGGAUGUUCUGUGUUUACAAAAAAAUUAAUAACAUUUCCGGUAUGAACUCAAUCCAACAAUCAUUAAUAGACAGGCAGCUUUUAUACUAGUAAUGUCUUAAUUUUGCACCUCAGUGCACUGUUGUAUAGAGUGAAAUUUGUUGCUGGAACAUUCCGAUCCAUGUACUCAUAAAAGAUCCACAAAACUGAUUAUUCAGUAGUUCGCAGUGUUAUUUGUUACCUUAUUAGGAGCAAGAACUCAGACAUGAAAAAACCUAAAUUGGAUUUUUAUGAAACUACAAAGGGUAUUUAUCAAUGUGAGGGCUGUUCAUUAAGAAUAAAGAUUAGAAGCCAGUGCUGGCUUUUCCUUAAAUUUAUGUCAUUACUGAAUCAGAGAAAAUCUACUAGGAAGUGUCUGUAAUUUUCCUAUACAGUUUCAUUGGAAAUAAGCUUGUAUCAAUAUUAAAGAUGAUGCAUUUCGGACAUUUCGCUUGUUUUAUGACCACCCUUGAGAUUAUACUUUAAAAAUGUCUGUUUAGGGGUAUCAUGGCCACUAGAUGUCGCUGAUCACCCAGCAGUCUGAGACUGGGCGUUCUUUAGGUUCAGCAAAGCCUUCUGAAAUGUUUCAACUGAAGAUAAACAUGAAUGAUCUCAGUUUCCGAAAUGAGGACAUCUUCAUCAAAUCAUUCAUCUGUAGAAAAGCUUGAGGCACAUGUGGUAUUGAUUUCUGGUGAAUUGGAAGGGACAACACAAUGUCAAGCUGAAGAGCUGAACACGUACUAUCAGCAAGAUCGGCACUUUUAUGUGUUUCCUUUUUCAUGAUCAUUGGUGCCUGGCCAAUGUGCUCCUCAGUUUCCCAAAUUUGUAUAACUAUCACAAUUAGAAAAAUGCCUGAGGUACUAAAUUUAUGAUGGCUAUUUGUGUCUUAAUGCAUAAAUGCUAUUUUAUUGUUAUUGCAAUGAUAUGCCUUUGGAAUCCCAUUUCCUUAAUUGCAGAUAGUUGUAAAUUGCUUGCUCAAUUUUUAGUAGUUGUUGAUAUUGACCCAGAGUUGUAGAUAUUUUGGUGUUGUGGAAUGUAAUAGAGAGAUCAAGAUACUAUUCUGCCUGUAAGAUAAAUAAAAAUAAUUGGAAAAGAAA